AUGGAGGAUCCCGAGAGCACGAUGGCCACAGUUGCCCAUUUUGUCGAACAGCUCCACGGGAACAUGUCCUCUCCCCACGAGAAGGAGUUGGUCACGACCAGGUUGCUGGCCGUCAUCAGAGCAAGAAAAGAUGCGAGGAUCUUAAUCGGCUCCCACUCUCAAGCCAUGCCGCUGUUCAUCUCCGUGCUGAGGAGCGGGACGACCAAUGCAAGAGUAAACGUCGCUGCAACACUGAGCGCCCUGUGCAGGGAGGAAGACCUGCGCGUUAAGGUCCUCCUAGGAGGCUGCAUUCCGCCAUUACUCUCUCUUCUGAAGUCCGAAUCCUUGGAAGCAAGAAAGGCCGCAGCUGAGGCCAUCUUCGAGGUCUCCUCUGGUGGCUUAUCUGAAGAUCACAUCGGGAUGAAGAUACUCGUCACAGAGGGCGUCGUCCCAACCCUGUGGGAUCAGCUCAAUCCAAGCAAGAAACAGGAUAAAGUAGUCGAAGGAUUCGUCACAGGAGCCCUGAGAAACCUCUGCGGGGACAAGGAUGGGUACUGGAGGGCCACACUUGAAGCAGGCGGGGUCGAGAUCAUCACCGGCCUUCUGUCUUCUGGCAACAGCUUUGCCCAGUCCAAUGCAGCAUCCCUACUAGCCCGCCUGGUCUUGGCCUUCGGCGACAGCAUCUCCAAGGUCGUCAAUGCGGGCACUGUGGGGGAGCUUCUUCAUCUUCUAUCGCAGGAAAAUGAUGUCUCAGUCCGCGCCAGUGCUGCCGAUGCUCUGGAGGCUCUGUCGUCCAAGUCUGCCAAAGCAAAGAAAGCCAUGGUGGAUGCCAAAGGAAUACCGGCCCUGAUCGGAGCUGUGGUGGCUCCCUCCAAGGAGUGCAUGCAGGGGGGGGCCUGCCACGCCCUACAAGGCCAUGCCGUCCGAGCUUUGGGUAACAUCUGUGGAGGGAUGUCUUCUCUGGUCUCUUACCUCGGGGAGCUCUCACAGUCUCCGCGUUUGGCCGCUCCAGUGGCCGACAUAAUUGGAGCUUUGGCGUAUUCCCUCAUGGUUUUCAAAGAAGAUGAGCAGCCCGAUGUCAUUGUUGUGGAAGAGAUUCUGAUCCUCCUGUUGAAGCCCCGGGACAGUAGUAAACUGGUCCACGACCGUGUGCUCGAGGCCCUGGCGAGCCUCUAUGGAAACAGCUUCCUCUCCCAAAGGCUCCAGCAUGCAGACGCCAAGAGGAUGCUCAUUGGGCUGAUAACCAUGGCCUCUGUUGACGUGCAGGAGCACCUCAUCCAGUCACUGACAAGAUUAUGCAGUGAUAAUAUGGGCAUCUGGGCGUCGAUUGGGAAGAGAGAGGGCGUCCAGAUGCUGAUAUCCUUGCUGGGUCUGUCCGGGGAGCAGCACCAGGAGUACACCGUUGCUUUGCUGGCGAUCUUGACUGACCAGGUUGAUGACAGCAAAUGGGCAAUUACAGCUGCGGGGGGGAUCCCUCCGCUGGUGCAGCUCUUGGAGACGGGCUCGCCAAGGGCAAGAGAAGAUGCAGCCCAUGUUUUGUGGAACUUGUGCUGCUUCAGCGACGACAUCCGGGCCUGUGUGGAGAGCGCAGGGGCCGUCUCUGCGCUGCUGUGGCUGCUGAAGAGCGGCGGCUCAAAGGGGCAGGAGGCUUCUUCAAAGGCGCUCAGGAAGCUCAUACGGGACGCCGAUUCUGCCACAAUCAACCAGCUCCUGGCUCUGCUUCUCGGCGAGUCUACGGGGUCCAAGUCCCACGCCAUCACUGUGCUGGGUCAUGUCCUCAUGAUGGCUUCUCACAGCGACCUGGUGCAGAGAGGCUCUCCAGCGAACAGAGGGCUCAGAUCGCUGGUGGAAGUUCUGAAUUCCUCAAAUGAAGAAACCCAGGAGUGCGUCGCUUCUGUGCUAGCGGAUUUGUUCAGCACGAGGCAGGAUAUCUGUGACAGCCUCGCGACCGACGAGAUCGUCCAUCCUUGCAUGAAGCUGCUGACCAGCAAGACCCAGGUGAUCGCUACUCAGUCGGCAAGGGCCCUGGGGGCCCUCUCCAGGCCGACCAAGGCAAAGCCCUCCCACAAGAUGUCGUACAUAGCUGAAGGCGAUGUCCAGCCCCUGAUCAACCUGGCAAAGACCUCGUCCAUUGAUGCCGCUGAGACUGCAGUGGCGGCCUUGGCAAAUCUCCUCUCCGACCCACAGAUCGCCAGGGAAGCCCUUGCUGAGGAUGCCGUCCCUGCUCUCACCAGAGUGCUGGGAGAGGGCUCUUCAGAAGGGAAGAAGAAUGCUUCCCGUGCUCUUCACCAUCUUCUGAACCAGUACCCAAUCGGCGAAGUGCUGGUGGAGAAUUCAAAGUGCCGAUUCAUGGUACUCACCCUUCUCGAUUCCCUGGCUUCUCUUGAUCUGGAAGGGGUAGAACACUCCGACCCUCUCGAUCUGCUUGCCCUGUUGACCAGAACCAAGCAGAGUGCCAGCUUUUCCUAUUCCCCCUGGUCUGCUCUUGCUGAAGCUCCGGCGAGCUUGGAGCCAUUGAUACAGUGCCUCGCCGUCGGGCUGCCACCAGUUCAAGACAAGGCCAUUGAAAUCCUCUCGCGGCUCUGCCUGGAGCAGCCGGUCGUGCUGGGUGACCUCCUGAUCGGCAAGGCUGGGUGCAUUUCUUCCCUUGCAGAGCGGGUGAUGAACUCACCUAGCUUUGAAGUGCGGGUUGGCGGGGCUGCCAUCCUCAUCUGCGCUGCAAGGGAGCACAGGCAGCUUUCCAUGGACGCUCUCGACGAGUCGGGCCUCUUAAAGCCGCUGAUUUAUUCUCUCACUGGCAUGGUGAAGCAGCAUCCUUCCUCCUGCUCCUCCACCGAAGCAGUGAGAACCUCCGGGAGCUUCAUGGAGAAGAAUUGCCAGGAAGGAGGCGAACCCGAGGCAUCCGAUCCCGCCGCUGUUCUGGGUGGAACGGUUGCCCUGUGGUUGCUCUGUUUAGUGUCUUCCUCCCAUGAGAAGAGCAAACGUACAGUCAUGGAAGCUGGCGGGGUCGAGCUGCUCUGUGACAAGCUAUCUUGUUUAUCUGCCGAUCCUGAGGUAAGCCCUUUCUCCAUCCUCUCCUACCCAAUUAUCUGGGCGUUUACCAUCUGAGGAAACAUAUAUUAAUUCCUGUUUCUUCUUCUUCUGGCAUUUGUGUAUAGGUUGAAUCAGAGUCUGCAGAAGCAUGGAUUAUCACUCUUCUCCUGGCCGUCUUGUUCCAAGAAACAGACGUCGUACUGUCUCCGGCCACCAUGAGAAUCAUACCUUCUCUGGCAUUCUUGCUGAGGUCCGAUGAGGUUAUUGACAGGUAUUUCGCCGCCCAGGCGAUGGCUAGCCUCGUCUCCAGUGGGGACAGGGGAAUCCACCUUGCAGUAGCCAACUCUGGCGCGGUGGGGGGGCUGAUCGGCCUCCUUGGUCACCUGGAAUCUGAUAUGCCGAACCUCGUUGCCUUGUCGGAAGAGUUUGCUCUUCUGCAACACCCUGGGCAGGUCAUCCUGAAGCAGAUUUUCGGCAUAGAAGAUGUGAGAACUGGAGCGACUGCUCGCAAAUCCAUACCCCUUUUGGUGGAUCUUCUGAGGCCGAUGCCCGACAGGCUGGGAGCCCCUCCGAUUGCCGUCCACCUCCUGACUCAGCUAGCAGAGGGAAGUGAUGCGAACAAGCUGGCCAUGGCGGAGGCUGGUGCUCUGGAAGCUCUGACGAAGUACCUGUCCUUGAGCCCUCAGGAGUCCACGGAGGCCGCUGUGACCGAUCUUCUGAGGAUCCUGUUCAGCCAUCCGGAUCUUCUUCGUCACGAAGCCUCCUUCAGCUCUUUGAAUCAGCUGGUGGCCGUGCUCCGCUUGGGAUCGAGGAAUGCCAGGUUCAGCGCCGCCGGAGCCCUGCAGGAGCUCUUCGACUCAGAGAUUAUCAGGGAUUCUGAGAUGGCCAGGCAAGCUAUUCAGCCGCUGGUCGACAUGCUCAACGGCGGAUCCGAGAGGGAGCAGCAGGCGGCGCUGGUGGCGCUGAUAAAGCUCACCUCCGGCAGCAUAUCGAAGGCUUACAUGAUCAGCGACGUGGAGGGCGACCCCCUCAAGAGCCUCCACAAGAUCCUGGUCUCGAGCUUGUCGCCGGAGCUGAAGAGGAACGCCGCCGAUUUCUGCCACGUCCUGUUCGGAAACCUGAACAUCCUGGCGCAGCCGGUCGCCGCCGAGUGCGUGCAGCCGCUCAUAUCCCUGAUGGCCUCCCCCGACAGCGCGGUGGUCGAAUCCGGUGCUCGCGCUCUCGAGAGGCUGCUGAACGAGGAACACCACGCCGACAUCGCCGCCAGAUCCGAGGUCGUCGAGCUUCUCGUCGGCCUGGUUUCUCCGUCGAACUGCCGGCUCUCAGAGGCCUGCAUCCGGUCGCUCAUCAAGCUCGGGAAAGACCGCCCUAAUUGCAAGGUCGACAUGGUGGAGGGAGGGAUAAUCGACAGGACGCUGGAGAUGCUCCACGACGCUCCUGGCUCCCUGUGCUCCCAGAUCGUGGAGCUGCUGCUCAUUCUGACGAACAACAGCAGCAUCGCCAAGAGCUCGGCGGCGGCGAUGAUGGUAGAACCUCUCUUCCUGGUCCUGCGGAGGACAGACAUCACCAUGCUGGGGCAGCAGAACGCUCUGCAGACGCUGGUGAACAUCCUGGAGAAGCCGCAGAGCCUCGCCACCUUGAAGCUGACGCCGAGCCAGGUCAUCGAGCCGCUCAUCUCCUUCCUCGAGUCACCUUCCCAGGCCAUCCAGCAGCUCGGCACGGAGCUGCUCUCCCAUCUCCUGGCUCAGGAGCACUUCCAGCAGGACAUCACCACGAAGAACGCCGUCGUGCCGUUGGUGCAGCUCGCUGGGAUCGGGAUCCUGAGCCUGCAGCAGACGGCGGUGAAGGCGCUGGAGAGCAUCUCGACGAGCUGGCCGGAGGCCGUCGCCGACGCUGGCGGCCUGUUCGAGAUCUCCAAGGUUAUCGUCCAGGCCGAUCCUCAGCCCUCCCACGCUCUGUGGGAAUCCGCCGCCUUGGUCCUUUCCAACGUCCUCCGCUUCAACGCCAGCUACUACUUCAAGGUCCCCCUGGUGGUCCUGGUGCGGCUGUUGCAGUCCACCCACGAGAGUACCACAGCCAUCGCCCUCAGCGCUCUCAUCGUACAGGAGCGGAGCGACGCCGCCAGUGCCCUCCUCAUGGCGGAGCACGGCGCCGUCGGCGCCCUCCUGGAGCUGAUGCGGUCCCACCAGUGCGAGGAAGCUGCGGGGACCUUGCUGGAGGCGCUGCUCAACAAUGUCAGGGUUCGGGAGAUGAAGGUCUCCAAGUACGCCAUAGCUCCUCUGUCUCAGUACCUGCUGGAUCCGCUCACCCGAUCGCCCCCGGCGAGGCUCCUCGCCACCCUCGCCCUCGGGGACCUCUUCCAGAACGAGAACCUCGCUAGGGCUGGAGACGCCGUGUCGGCCUGCCGGGCCCUGGUGAGCCUGCUUGAGGACCAACCGACGGAGGACAUGAAGAUGGUGGCCGUCUGCGCGUUGCAGAACCUGGUGAUGCGCAGCAGGACCAACCGCCGCGCCGUCGCCGAGUCUGGUGGCAUCCUCGUUAUCCAGGAGCUCCUGCUAUCUCCCAAUCCCGAGGUCGCCGCUCAAGCCGCCCUCCUCAUCAAGUUCCUCUUCUCCAACCACACCCUGCAGGAGUACGUCUCCAACGAGCUGAUCAGGUCCCUGACUGGUAAUCCCCUUCCCUCUUUCCAUCCUCUCCAUCUAUCCAUCCCUUCUCUGCAAACCCAUUGAUCUCUCUUUCUCUUCUUCUGGUUUGGUGUGGCAGCGGCGCUGGAGAAGGAGCUGUGGUCGACGGCGACGAUCAACGAAGAGGUUCUGAGGACGAUCCAGGUGAUAUUCGCCAACUUCAAGAAGCUGCGGACAUCGGAGGCGGCGACGCUCUGCAUCCCGCACCUGGUGGGGGCGCUGAAGGCGGGCAGCGAGGCGGCGCAGGAGUCGGCACUGGACACGAUGUGCCUCCUCAAGGACUCCUGGUCGGAGAUGAACGAGGACAUCGCCAAGGCGCAGGCGCUCGUCGCCGCAGAGGCCAUCCCCAUCCUGCAGCUGCUCGUGAAGACCUGCCCGCCAAGCUUCCACGAGCGCGCCGACAGCCUGCUCCACUGCCUACCGGGCUGCCUGACGGUCACCAUCAAGCGCGGGAACAACCUGAAGCAGACGAUGGGGAGUACCAACGCCUUCUGCCGCCUCACCAUCGGCAACUCCCCCCCCAAGCAGACCAAGGUAGAAGAAAGCAAGCUCUUCCUUCCUUCCUCCCUCUCUGAGACUGGACUAACUGGUGUCUGUUGCAGGUGGUGCCACAUAGCACCUCCCCGGAGUGGAAGGAGGGAUUCACUUGGGCGUUCGACGUCCCCCCCAAGGGCCAGAAGCUCUUCAUCCUCUGCAAGAGCAAGAACACGUUCGGAAAGGUAUGCACCGCCGCGCCGAGCCCCUCUCUGCUUCUGCUUCUCCCUAUCCUUCUCCCCUAUCCUUCUCCUUCUUCCUCUGAUCUUCUGGUAUUGCAGAGCACUCUCGGGAGGGUCACGAUUCAGAUCGACAAGGUGGUGAGCGAGGGCGUGUACAGCGGCUUGUUCAGCCUCAACCACGACGGCAACAGGGACGGAUCUUCCAGGACCCUCGAGAUCGAGAUACUCUGGUCCAACCGGACGUCCGGCGAUGGCAUGUGA